AUGGACCCGGAUUUUGAAGGCCGUGUUCUGGUCGUGGCCAACCGUGUGCCCAUUUCUAUCAAGACCACGCAAGAAGGCGAAUUCGAGUACAGCAUGUCCUCUGGGGGCUUGGUUUCCGGGCUCAAGGGUCUGGCCAAAGCAAUUGACUUCAAAUGGUUCGGCUGGCCGGGGAUUGAUGUGCACCGCAACGACAAAGACAGAGUCCGCCGGCAUCUGCAAGACAAAUUUAACGCCGUGCCCAUCUUUCUGGCGGAAAGCCUUGCCGAAAUGCAUUACAACGGGUUUUCAAACUCAAUAUUAUGGCCUCUGUUGCAUCGCAUGCCCGACAGAGCUGGCUCAGAUGAGAGGUGGUCCAAAGCGUACCAAGAAGUCAACGAGAUCUUUGCCGACAACAUCGUCCCGUACGUGGAAGACAACGACAUUAUUUGGGUGCACGACUACCAUCUCCUGCUCCUACCGGGAAUCUUGCGUGAGAGACUGUCGAAGAAAAAGAAUCUCAAGAUAGGCUUCUUCUUGCACACUCCGUUCCCCACCGAGGACUAUUUCACCAUUCUGCCCUUCCGGGAGCAGAUCUGCAAAAGUUUGCUCCUCUGUGACGUGGUAGGGUUUCACACAAAUCAGUACGCAAAGGACUUUCUGGAGAGCGCCCGCAUCGUCCUCGAAGGCGUGGCGAGAUCUCCGAGUGAUCUACACUGGAACGGCCGCAAGGUGAUUGUACAUGGCUUCCCGCUCGGCAUUGAAGCAGAUGAGUGGAAGCAGAAGCUGCAAACAGACGCGGUCAAGCAAGAAGCGGCCAACUUGCGGGCCGAGUUUGACGAGCAGAUAAUUAUUCUCGGGGUGGACAGACUCGACUAUAUCAAGGGCAUUCCCCAGAAAUUACGCGCCUUUGAUCGCUUUCUGACAGACCACCCGGAGUGGGUGGGUAAGGUUGUCAUGGUACAAUUGGCAAUUCCGUCACGAGAGGAUGUCGACACAUAUAGAAAGCUGCGGGAGGAAGUUGAAUCCCUUGUUGGGUGCAUCAAUGGCAAGCACGCAACAUUUAAACAUACGCCGAUACACUAUCUGCACCGGUCAGUGAAGCCGGAACAGCUCUGUGCUCUGUACGCAAUUUCGGACGUCCUCAUCGUCUCCUCGAUCCGCGACGGGUUGAACCUGGUGAGCUACGAAUAUGCCGCGUGUCAGGAAGAACGCAAGGGCGUCCUGAUGAUGUCGACCUACGCAGGGGCAAUCAAGACGCUGCCCCCGUCCUCACUGAUCUUGCUUAAUCCCUGGGAUACGCCCCGAUUUGCCGAGAGAAUCAACCAGGCCGUGAAUAUGGGUAUGGACGAGAGGGCGCAAAGGCACAAGGAAAUGAUGCAGGUCGUGGACACAUGGACAAGUGUCAAAUGGGGCAAAGCCUUCCUCCACACCAUGAUGACCAUGGAAGUCCCUCAAGACGCCGAGAUGCCGGACCGCGACCCGUUGGUGGGAUGGACAUCAGAAGUCCCUGACUCGGAGACGGGCACGAUUCGACCCUAA